AUGCCUCGUCUCAAGGGCCACAACCGUUCCAAUGCGGCCAAGAAGAGGAUGGAGAAGCACCUGGCUGCAGUGGUGGAGUCUGCGCCCCGGAGCUCCACCAGCUUCGUGCCACCGGCUCCCGGUCCCUCACGCCGAGGUACUGGUCGUCGCCACCGUGUGAGCACCUGGCCAGUUUCAACCCUGACUGGCAGGAGUCACAAAGUGGUCAUCCCGGCCGAGUCACCUGACAAGAAGUUUGUUCUUCUUGUCAGGGAUUCCCACCUGCGCGCCAUCGUUGAUGGCAUUGUGGAGUUUCCGGACGAGUUCCUUUCCUUUGGUGCCAUGUCGACGCCGGGGGCCUGUGCCAGGGAGCUGACGAUUGAGUUGGUGAGUGCAGUCCUCCCCAGAACACCUGACCUUGUCUGUGUUCUAGCCCCCAGCAACGACCUGACUGCCAGUAGGACUUUGGACGAGGCUGCAGUGGACUUCGAGAAGCUCCUCACCAGUGCCUUGUCCCGGUGGCCGAAGGAGUGUUCCAUCCCUCUCACGCCUGUCUGGUUCAGCCCACCUAUCCUGGAGGCGAUGGACCACAUCCGUCUGGGCAAUCUUGACUGGGGGGAGCCCACUACCUCUACCAAGGGACCAUCGGGGGUGAAGCGUCGUAGGAGCACUCCUGCUCCAAAGAAGAGCCGUGGGAACCAGGAGGUCGAGCUGGAGGAGUGGCCCGCACUUCGCAGGGCUGUGGCGGAGGUCCCUGUGGAGCGGCUACGCAGGCGCAUCGGAUCCCAGAGGAGACGUACCCGGCAGCAGGAGGGGGCAGCUGCAGAUGUCGUGGAGGUGAUGACUGGACCAUCACCUGCCAGUCCUGUGACCACCGAGGACCUUCCCUGCUCUGCUCUGCACAGCUCCCCAGACUCCAGGCCACAGUGGUUUCUGAUGCAGAAAGUGAUGUUGCAAUUUCGUUUGGGUGGUCUGAUAGUUUGCCGGUAA